UGGAGUAUGAGUCUACGUCACUUCACUCAUGUGAUGCCAAGAAACACACCUAAAAAAACUCAACGAUGCCAAACCACCACUAGUUUGGAGUAUAACUCCAUCAAUAACCACUUAAAUCUCUCGCAAAGUUCCAAACACACCCCAAGAAAAUGGUUUCCUCUUGAUUUUGCUUAAAAGCCAAAACCAAAUCAAACCAAACCAACAGUUCUUUCCAACACAAUCACUUACAAUGGCAUUUGGUUUUUCCUGUUUCAGCAUCAUCUCCUUGUGGGGCACCUACCUCCGGCAUAGCUUCUCCGCCGCCGGCCUCUCGGCCCAAACCAUCGACAUCGACGACGAAACCACCAUCCACUUUUGGGGCCCAAAAUCACCCGAUCCCACCAAUCCCAAACCACCACUAGUUUUACUCCACGGAUUUGGCCCCGACGCCCACUGGCAAUGGAACCAACAAGUGGCAUUUUUUGCCCGAGAAUUUGCCCUUUACAUACCCAACCUCGUGUUUAUCGGCGAUUCCACUACCAAGUCCGCGGAGAGGUCGGAGAUGUUCCAGGCGGCUUCGGUGGGGAAACUUAUGGAGAAGCUGGGGGUGAAGAGGUAUUACGUGGUGGGGACGAGCUACGGGGGUUACGUGGCGUACCAUAUGGCAGCGAUGUGGCCGGAGAGGGUGGAGAAGGUGGUGAUAGCGAGUUCAGCGGUAAAUACGAAGCGGAGAGAUAACGUGGAGUUUUUGGAGAAGAGAGCGAAAGUGGAGAAUGGUGAGGAGUUGUUGCUGCCGCAGACGGAGGCGCAGCUGAGGGCUUUGCUUGCUCUUACGGGCUACAGAGGACUGAACUACAUGCCCGGUUUCUUGUUAAAUGACAUCGUUCGUAAUAUGUACUCGAAAAACAGGAAGGAGAAGAUAGAACUCCUCAAGGGAUUGCACGUUGGAAACUACGACACACUAAAUAUAUCUCCUCUUCCUCAGGAUGUGUUCCUUGUUUGGGGAGAACAUGAUCAGCUAUUUCUAUUGGAGAAAGCUACUGAACUCAAGGGGCUUUUGGGGAAGAAGACCAAACUGGAAGUGAUAAAGAACACCGGUCAUGCGCCUCAAAUCGAAAACCCAGCCCAAUUCAACAAAAUUGUGUACAAUUUACUAGUUAGCUGAGCUCUUCCUCACCUCCUCGUGAUCGACCAUGUGUUCCUCUUCUUAAUAAUUAGUCUUACCAAACAAGAUAGAGUGGAGGAUUGAUUUUUUAACUUUGAAAAUUGAUGUAUAUACGAACAAGAUUGAUUGCCCGCAAUAGUGCAUGAUCGUUUUUUAA